GCCUCUCUCGAAUUUCGUGCGUGGGUUAGGAGCUUAGUAGUGAGUCGGAGUGCUCUAUAAAAGCUGCGACUUUUGUAGUCUCCUUGCGUGCAUAUUUACUGCUUCUUUCUUUUGCAAUACCGUUUUAUUAUUUCUGCUAUUUGUUGGAUAAUUUCUCUGUAAGAAAGGGCUUGUCUAUGGUUUUGACCGGAUCUUCCAAGAUGUCUCGUACCGAAGAGGUGCACCGUAUAACGGAGAAUGUUUAUAAGUCCAUCAUGGAGCAGUUCAAUCCCUGCCUGCGGAACUUCGUUGCCAUGGGGAAGAGCUAUGAGAAGGCACUUUCCAGUGUGACAUUUGCAGCAAAGGGCUACUUCGACGCACUGGUGAGGAUGGGUGAACUUGCCAGCGAAAGUCAAGGCUCUAAGGAUCUUGGGGACGUGCUGUUUCAGAUGGCAGAAGUACACCGGCAGAUUCAGAUGCAGCUGGAAGACAUGCUAAAGUCCUUUCACAACGAGCUGCUGACAGAGCUGGAGAAGAAGGUGGAGCUGGAUGCCAGAUACUUGAGCGCCGCCCUGAAGAAGUACCAGAUGGAACACAAGAGCAAGGGCGAGUCUCUGGAGAAGUGUCAAGCUGAGCUGAAGAAACUACGCAGGAAGAGUCAGGGCAGCAAGAACCCACAGAAAUAUGGGGACAAGGAGAUGCAGUAUGUGGAAACCAUCAGCAGUAAGCAGAGCGAUCUGGACAGCUACACAGCCGAGGGAUAUAAAACAGCGCUGUCAGAGGAGAGGAGGAGGUACUGCUUCCUGGUGGAACGGCAAUGCGCAGUCUCCAAAAACAACAUUGCCUACCACGGCAAGGGUAAGGACUUACUGACCCAGAAGAUUCCUGGCUGGCAGCAGGCUUGCUCCGACCCCAACAAGCUGCCUGAGCGAGCCAUGCUCCUGGCACAGCAGAUGGCAUCAAGCAGCGGAGGAACACUGAUCUCCAGCCCCAUGCACUCCUCCAAAUCCAGCCUGGUCAUUUCAGACCCCAUCCCUGGGGCCAAACCCCUGCCUGUCCCCCCAGAGCUGGCACAAUUCGUGGGGGGAGGUGCUCUAGGCCACCCCUUGCGGCUGAUGGGACAGGAUGGAGGCACCCUGGUGAAUGGCUCUGCAGGCGUGGGCCACAUUGAGGACUACAGCCAGUGGGCAGAGAGCAAGGCAUUGCAGGACAAACCCCCCUCUCCCCCCCAGGGCCAGAGGCAGUUGAGCGAGGUCCACUCCAACACUCUGCCCGUCCGCAGGGCAGCGCCACCCAAGGGCAAACCCCAGCUGGCUGAGAACAGGACCCUGCCGAGAUCAAGCUCCAUGGCAGCCGGGCUGGAGAAGAAUGGGCGGACCCGGGUCCAAGCCGUCUUCUCCCACGCGGCCGGCGGCAACGGCACCCUGCUGAGCUUCUCUGAGCGUGACAUCAUCACGCUUCUUGUGCCAGAGGCCAGAGACGGCUGGCAUUAUGGGGAGAAUGAGAAGACCAAGAUGCGAGGCUGGUUCCCCUUCUCUUACACCAGAGUCUUGCCAGAGAAUGAGGACAAGCUCCAUGUGAGCCUGCACCAUGGGAAGAGCAGCAGCACAGGGAACCUGCUGGAGCGGGAUGACCUCUCCCUGCCCGCUCCCGACUACGGCAUGACCUCCCGCUUCCUGGGGCAUAGCGCAGGUCACUCCCGGCCGCGCCCCUACAGCGUGGCAGUGCCUGUCUUCUCUCAGCAGGGUCUUGAGGAUUAUGAGUCACAAUUUGCUACCAGAAAUCCAUUUACGGACAUCCGACUAAAACCAACCAUCACUGACGACAGAUCUGCACCGGUUAUCCACUAGUCUGCCCGUCCAGCCCUGGAAACUAACCUAGCCCACCCUACUACACUGCCCAGCUACCCAUCCUGCACACCCUAGCAACACGAGGAAGAGGAGGGAGAGGGGCUGCUAGACUCACUCCUGUACCCCAUUCUCAUUGCUCCCUGUCAAGCCUGAAUGUUCUGAGACAGAGAGCACAUGGUAUCAUUACAAUACUAUUCCAAAACGGGCCACGCUUCAUUGCUGUGUGCUUAACUGUCUUGCUUGUGCAAUAUGCUAUUUGCAGCUGUAAAUACGUCUAGGCAGUGAAAUCAGCGGGGACACUGAUAGCUUAUUUGUUUGAUUUAUUUUUCUGCCUUUUGAGCGUUUUUUUAUAUGAAGAUCACCUGUAGUUUCAAAUUUCAUGCAGCCAUCACUUGAGUAUGGCUGCCUCCUUCCUAGUGAAUCCUGGCAACAAGCUGUUGGAAUAUGUAGUCUUCUGUCAGGGUGGACUGUUCCGCUUUACCCCAGGGGGCAUGAGGGUCUCAAGAAGGAGGGCAAUUGCCCCCCUCACCCCCACCCCACCUGAUUUUCCAGAAGCCAGGACCCCAGAAUGGGAGGAAUUCAGCCAACCCGAUUUUGAAUGGAAUCGUCCAGGCCAUACAGGAACCUGCCUUCCCCAAGACAGGGUCCCCCCCCAUACAGGGCUGGGCAGGAGGGAUCCCCGAAUUGUGAGUAGUGACAGGACCUGGGUUUCAAAGCUUGGUGCUAGGUGGUUUACUAACGACUAAAGGCAGUUUUGAUUUGUCGCUUUUGUAUUCAUUUCUAAGCUUAAAAGAUAAAAGCGUAUCCCAAAGAAAGCUGUGUUCUAAUCCACUGCACCUUAGUCCUGGUUUAUAAACAAUAAGCAAUAUCAUCUGGAACAACUCCACAGAGGAGGAAACCACAGAGAGCCUUUUAUUUGCAUACACGCUGUUUGAAGCUGUUUUUCUUUUAAAAAAUAAAAUU